CUCUGUCUCUGUUUGCAGAAUCAAACCCUUCCUGACCUGCGGAGAGAGUCUGAGUCGCCUGCAUCACCCUGAUCCUUCUUACAUCCUCACCGCACGCCCCCCCACGGCCAGUGUCUGGCCACUGUAACCAUGACGACAGGGGGUUGUUGCCACCUGCCCGGCUCCCUAUGUGACUGUGCGAGCAGCACGGGCCUGUGGAAGAGCGUGGAGGAGGCGGGCGGCGACGGGUGCCAGGCACUUUACGUCACCCAGGUCACAGCCAUCGACGGACAGCUGCUCUCCUCCGUGCUGAAACCCGUCGGAUCACAAAUUGAUGGUCCCAUCUGUCGCAUCUGCCAUGAAGGAGGCAGCGGUGAGGUUCUCCUAUCUCCCUGUGACUGCACAGGCACCCUGGGCACCGUGCACAAGAGCUGCUUGGAGAGGUGGCUGUCGUCUUCCAACACCAGCUACUGUGAGCUCUGCCACACCGAGUUCAGCAUUGAGCGCCGCCCGAGGCCUCUCACAGAGGUAACAAAGUGGCUGCGGGACCCCGGCCCUCGUAAUGAGAAGAGCACGCUGUUCUGUGACAUGGUGUGCUUCCUGUUCAUCACUCCUCUAGCAGCUAUCUCAGGUUGGCUGUGCCUGCGGGGAGCUCAGGACCACCUUCAGCUGGGGAGCUGGCUGCAGGCUGUGGGCCUCAUAGCCCUGACCAUCGCCCUCUUCACCAUCUACGUCCUGUGGACUCUGGUGUCGUUCCGCUACCACUGUCAGCUUUACUCGGAGUGGAGGAGAACAAACCAGAAAGUACGCCUGCUCAUUCCUGUAGCCAAGGACUCCAACUCUUCCCAGCAUUCCUUGCUCUCGACCAAACUGAUGAAGAAGUCGGCCAAUGAGAGUAUAGUAUGAGAGCGUGACAGCAGUGGGGAUGCAUCAGACUUGCCAGCAAGCCUUUGAAGAGACUUGUGUGGGCUUCUUUUUUUUUUUGUCUCUAUUUGAAACAUGUCGUCUCUGCCCCAUCAGUACUGACUUCAUUUUGCAAUUUUUUUAUUCGUCCUCCUGUGGGUGCACCCAGCACCUCUGUGUGUCACGUGGAUACAAUGAUGACAUUAGAGGGCCGUGACAGCAGGAGAACCAACGACCAAAUAACUGCAAAGAGCGAUGAGCUUGUUAAGUUCUUUUCUUGUCUUCUGACGACUCAGAGCAUUUGUAACACCGCAGGUCACACUGACACAUUCACACAAUGAUGGUAGAGGCUGCUGUGUAACCCAUGGCAACCCAUUCAUGCACAGACGACAAAGCAGCGGAAGCAACUUAGGUUAAGUGGGACAUGUUGCUGCAGGAGCUGGGGAUCAAAGAGAGACAACCGGCUCUACCACUGAGCCGCAGCCGCCCCGCUCAGCUCUAAUCAUUGCUGCGUUUAGCUCGACGACUCAUUGGCAGUCCUCAGAUGAUCGCAGUGCAGCAGGUCCGGGGUUUUCUGCCUGUUGAGCAGCGUUAAGAUUCCAUGAUCCGGUGUGGAAAGGAUUUUCCAUUCCAUCGUCGGGAUGCCAGCACGCUGAGAUAAAAACAUCAAACUUUAAUCUUUCCAGAUGUGUUUUUGCACCUGUGUUUUACAUCUGAUGCAAGCGUGGACGAGCAGCGUCGAUUGCAUUAGAUCAGCCUGAGAUUGUGCAAUAAAAACACUGUGGACUCUGAGGUCUGCAUACGACAUGCAGAGACCUCUCCCAAUUUGCAGAGCGAUGCAUGCCAGCACUGUUGAUGAUGUUUGGAUUUUUUAUGGUGUUUUCUUAAACUCUUUCUCUAACCAAGAAUGAAGCGUUGAACGAUUCCAUUCCUGAAGUGGGCUCUAAAUGUGUCCUCAUAGAGGUUCUCGUCCAAUCAGCACUUAGCAGGAAGGUCUGUGAACGACCUCUGCACUCCUCUCUGUCAAGACAUCUGUCAGAGGAACAUUUCCACAGUGUACUGUCGGCCUGAACGCCUCCUCCUGAUUCACCUCUUAAUGUCCUUAGUUACAGCUGUUUUUGUUUCUGUUUUCAGCGGUGAAUAUUUCUGUACGUGUGUCAUCACAGAAACAUCUUGUGAGCGUUGUGUGGCUUUAAUAAUGGAUCAAUUAUGCAAGAACCACCAAGGCUUAAUCUGACUUGAGCUUUUGUUUGUGUCUCAAGGAAGUCGCUAGAUUCUCAUGUCAAUGUGUUUGCUAAUGUGCCCUGGUCAAGUUCAAAGGUUUAGGUCGGAUUCAAACCCGGUCCGAGAAUUCUCUUCUGUCCCCUCUGUUUCGGGAGAAAAGUGUCACUACUUUGGCUUAGUGUCUCCAGGUCAUGAUAUGCUCAGUCUUAAACUGUGAACAGUUCACCUCUAAAGAUGUGUAGCUGCCAAAGUCUGAAUCUUUUGCACCGCCGGACUUUUUUUAAUCAGACUUGUAGAAUAAUAAAGUGAUGGCAACAUGUCAGAUUUCGAGCAGAUUCUUUGGCUAUGAGGAGCUGUCAGUCAUCUUUGCACUAAAUCUUCAUGUGACUAAAACCUUGUGAUCAUUCCUCCUUCUUCUGGAUUGUUAGAAAGCUUUAGUGAUCGCAGCGAGGACUGUUUCAGAAGUGUUGAGCAAACCUCUUUUUGGUCAUUAAUGCCGCGUCCCCUCCCUGGCUGCGUUUUGUGUGCACUCACGUGACCCUCUGGUUCUCUGAGCUUCUGGUGGGUUGCCCCACAUACUGACCCAGUUAAUCGUCUGUUUGUGUUUUGAACUGAUCUCUGAACAAAGGAUUACAUCCUGCAGGGCUGCGACGCUCCCUGGGCCUCAAACGAGCUUAUGAGUCAUCUGAUCAUCCUGGUGUUUACUGUUUGUGCGAUCUGGAUGUGACUAACUGAUGUGAGUCUAAAGAGAGGAGGUUAUCGCAAACAUCUGGAUGUGACUAACUGAUGUGAGUCUAAAGAGAGGAGGUUAUCGCAAACAUCUGGAUGUGACUAACUGAUGUGAGUCUAAAGAGAGGAGGUUAUCGCAAACAUCUGGAUGUGACUAACUGAUGUGAGUCUAAAGAGAGGAGG